AUGAUCGAGCCCAACCUGUAUGCUACUAAACACGAUGAUGUUGCCGUCGAUGAUAGAGCGUCGGAAGCACUGCACGCUUUUGGAGACGCGCGGGUCCCAAAAUAUGGAGAACGGACGGCAUUGCAGGAACUGAAAGCAUGUCUGAACGAUGGCGGCGGAGAUCGUCACUCCCAUAAUGAGGUAGAGAAAGGUGCGCCAUGGGCGAGUCUGCUUGAGGCGCAGGAGGAGGAAGGCGACCGAGAGCUUCACGAGGGUCACGGACCAGUACCAGAAGAGUUGGGAGAUGAAGAGGUAGCGCAUUGCGGUGGAGCGACGUGGGGCAGGGACGAAGCGGGCGCGGCGGCCGAGGCCGUUGAAUACGGCGAGGGCGAGAAUGAGGUAUUGGACUACGGCGAGGAUCUGGAAGAGUCGGUUAAUGAGCAGAAGGAAGGGAAGACGGGGAGCAUACUGUAG